AAACAAUAGGAGAGAGACAAGAGAACCCUAAUUUCAUUCGUUUUACAAAGACCAUAGAGAGACCGAGAGAGACAGAGACAGAGACUCAUAGCCAGAAGACGAAGAUGUCGACUCCGCAGCAAGAAGAGGACAAGAAGCCCAACGAUCAAGCUGCCCACAUCAACCUCAAAGUGAAAGGCCAGGAUGGGAAUGAAGUGUUUUUCAGGAUCAAACGAAGCACUCAACUGAAGAAGCUUAUGAACGCAUAUUGUGAUCGCCAGUCUGUGGAGCUGAAUUCAAUUGCCUUCUUGUUUGAUGGUCGCCGUCUACGAGCAGAGCAGACGCCUGAUGAGCUGGAAAUGGAGGAUGGUGAUGAGAUUGAUGCAAUGCUUCAUCAAACUGGAGGAGCCGUACAGAUUUGAUACUAUAUGCUCUUAUUGGAAGGAAGCUGUUGUUAUGAUGAAGACCACUGUGUUCUAUGGAUCUAGGGUUUCAAGCAUUAGGUUUUUUGGUUUUGUACAAGAACUUUUGUAGUAGUAUUUUGAUUAAGUAAAUUGAUGUGGAACUUGGCAUCUGAGUAUGGUUUUCCUUUCAAUUUCAUAGUCUUGUGUGGCAAGGCUGUAUUUUAAUCCAAUUAGAAUUUGAUGUAUAAUUUCUACUCAUAUAGUGUUUCCAUUGUCAUCCC